GCGAACAGGUAAAUUCAGUCUUUUAGUACGCUUUAAGUUUUUACCUGAUGAUGAUCGGUGCGAGCGAUUGUCGCUAGUAACGUGUUGAUUUCUUAGGUUUCCUGUCGUCUACAGACUUGAAUAAGGGUCUCAAAAGUAUCUUGUCGAUUAUAGUCUAUGCGUCGGUAUCUUUAGGGUACAAAUACAGUACGUACACUGUCUAAUGCGAAAAAAAUCGAACGAACGAGUUGUUUAGCGUUUAGUGACCGGUUUUUCGUGAUCGCGUAUAGUAUCUAUUACUACGCAAGACGUGUGGUUUUCGCAAUUACGUGCUGUACAUUCCUAUAACUUCUUUAUAAGUUGUCUAGAUCAGGCGAAGUGCUAUACUAACGGUGAAUUUUAUUAGAGCAAUCACUACACUAUCUACUGUGCUAGAUUGACAUUAUUUCGACAUACCGCUGAGUGGUGCGCUGAGAAGAUCAAUUAUCAAUAGUCGAUCUAAAGUGAGGCAUAUAAAUCAGUGAGUGAAAAUUCGGUGUAGAUAUUGCCUGAUUUGAAUUCUACUCAAGCAAUUACCUUCGUCUUACGCUUUGGAUUAUACAUACUUGGAUAAUUACCCAUAAUUUGAAGAAGAUCUUGAUUAAUUAAGAUCUUGCUUCUAAUUUUUCUUUAAGGAUUGCAACAAAAGAUUUUGCUUCUAAUUUUUCAUUAAGGAUUGCAACAAAAGAUAUAAUGCCAUAAUGGACCCACAAACAGCUCUAGUUCUUGCAAUACAACUUCUUGCACUGUUCUCCAUUGCCGGAGCAUUGCUAUUGUACUUAUUAUGCAAAGUUCGUGCGACUCGGCCUGAACUCACAGAAUUACAGCAUGGCACCGUGUUAAUAACCAGCGCAGAUACUGCCUUGGGACUCCAAUUGUGCACUCAUCUAGCGAAUCGAGGUUGUAGGGUAUUUGCCGGGAUGAAGGACGCUGUGGACUCAUUGCCGGCAAAGUUGCUUCGGGGCUGGAUGAAAAUGAAGGAAAGCUCCGACGAACCCAUCCAAGGAUCAAUAGUACCCAUGCAAUUGGAUGUGACCAGGGAAGAUGUUUUGCGUGAAACCACUGAAGCCAUGGGGGCUCAUAUGAAUGCGGGCGAACGAGGCAUUAUGGCUGUGAUCAAUACCGCGGGAACUGUUUAUCGAGGAAGAAUUGAGAAUCAGGAUGUUCUGCAAUGGGAGACCAUGUUGAAGACGAAUAUCUUAGGAUCGUUGAGGGUGGCAAAGGCAUUUUUAGGACUAUUGCGACCAACCCGCGGACGAUUGAUCUAUUUGGGAGCAGGAAAUAAUAGUGGAGAUGGAUUGGUAGCGUUUACCGCAUCACGUAUUGCAGUUGAGAGUUGUGCAGAAGAGCUGAGGAAGGAAUUGCAACCUUAUGGAAUUAGUGUGAUAGCUUUGGACACAUCUGGAGUUCCAGCAGAGGCUCUUUAUCGUGCCCCGACACCGUAUAACAUCACCGAUGGCGAGGGUUCGCCAACACAAUAUUCUGCUGAAGUCCUCACAUCAAGUGCUCUAAGUGUCAUAGAACAGGCCCUCUGGGAUCCAAGACCACACGAACGUUACGAAUUGGCUGUACGAAAUAGCAAAUUCAAUUUGCAUCUGCCAUGCCGAUCAUCAUUUCACUUCCGACCGGACAGCAAGACAAUCCAAAGGGUUUAAAAAAAGCAACCGGAUUAAGAGAGUUGCAAAUGUUCAUCAUCAUUAUCUACGUCCUCAUCACCACUUUUUUCCAACUUUCCUGAUCACACAUUAUCACUAUGGAUUCAUUCGUUAAAAAUGCGAUUUCAGGUGUAAUCUAAGAUGCCAUGUUUUGUAAGUGUUCACGUCAAAUGUAUUGGAAAUUUAGUAGUAGUUCAAGGACCCAAAAGUCCGUUCAGCAUUCCAAGGCCGUUUGAUGUGAACAUGCUUUUGAUAAUUAUCAUACUUUUGAGAACACCCAGAAAUCGCUUACACACAAUGUAUGGAGAAAUUGCUCUUUUUUAAAGGGUAUUUACUUCUGACUCUUAUUUUCCCAAUAUAUUAUAUAUUUUUUUUCUUUAUUUGUUUCUGUAUAUAUUAAACAUUAUGUACAUAUUCUAUUUCCACUUCAUAUGCAUACAUAUCAUUCCCAAUAAAUAUAUUCAGUUAAUAUCAAUUUAAGUCAUGAAAGAUUUAAAAAUAAAACAUAAAAAUGAGUAAAUUUA